ACCUGACCUGAGCCUUAAAACACCCUAUUCCCCCGCCAGCCAAACUGGCCGGCUCCGUCAGCAAGCUGGGCGGCGGUGUCUCCUAAGAACCUACUCGUAAAGCCGCUUCGGGGAAGACGGGGCCUACAACGUGCUCAAUCCCGGAAGUGACGGCUCCCAGAGGGGCCGGAAGUGGCAGUGGAGGGAGGGAAGAUGGCGGAGGUGGUGAGUCCGGUGCCCGGGGCGGGGCGGAGGGAGCCAGGGGAGGUGGGUAGAGCCCGAGGCCCCCCAGUAGCCGACCCUGGCGCCGCGCUGUCUCCCCAGGGGGAGAUAAUCGAGGGCUGCCGCCUGCCUGUGCUGCGGCGGAACCAGGACAACGAAGAUGAGUGGCCACUCGCUGAGAUUCUAAGCGUGAAGGACAUCAGUGGCCGGAAGCUUUUCUAUGUCCAUUACAUUGAUUUCAACAAACGCCUGGAUGAAUGGGUGACCCACGAGCGGCUGGACCUGAAGAAGAUCCAGUUCCCCAAGAAAGAGGCCAAGACCCCCACUAAGAACGGACUUCCUGGGUCCCGACCCGGCUCUCCAGAGAGAGAGGUGCCGGCCUCCGCCCAGGCCAGCGGGAAGACCUUGCCAAUCCCGGUUCAGAUCACACUCCGCUUCAACCUGCCCAAGGAGCGGGAGGCCAUUCCCGGUGGCGAGCCCGACCAGCCGCUCUCCUCCAGCUCCUGCCUGCAGCCCAACCACCGCUCAACGAAACGGAAGGUGGAGGUGGUUUCACCAGCAACUCCAGUGCCCAGCGAGACAGCCCCAGCCUCAGUUUUCCCCCAGAAUGGAUCAGCCCGGAGGGCAGUGGCAGCUCAGCCCGGGCGGAAGCGGAAAUCGAAUUGUUUGGGCACUGAUGAGGACUCCCAGGACAGCUCAGAUGGAAUCCCGUCCGCUCCUCGCAUGACUGGGAGCCUGGUAUCUGACCGGAGCCACGACGACAUCGUCACCCGGAUGAAGAACAUCGAGUGCAUCGAGCUGGGCCGGCACCGCCUCAAGCCCUGGUACUUCUCCCCGUACCCUCAGGAGCUUACCGCGCUGCCCGUCCUCUACCUCUGCGAGUUCUGCCUCAAGUAUGGCCGAAGCCUCAAGUGUCUGCAGCGUCACUUGACCAAGUGUGACCUGCGACAUCCUCCCGGCAAUGAGAUCUACCGCAAGGGCACCAUCUCCUUCUUUGAGAUCGACGGACGUAAGAACAAGAGUUACUCCCAAAACCUGUGUCUUCUGGCUAAGUGUUUCCUCGAUCACAAGACGCUGUACUAUGACACAGACCCUUUCCUCUUCUACGUCAUGACAGAGUACGACUGCAAGGGCUUCCAUAUAGUGGGCUACUUCUCCAAGGAAAAGGAGUCCACGGAAGACUACAACGUGGCCUGCAUCCUGACCCUGCCCCCCUACCAGCGCCGGGGCUAUGGAAAGCUGCUGAUCGAGUUCAGCUAUGAACUCUCCAAAGUGGAAGGGAAAACGGGGACCCCUGAGAAGCCCCUCUCGGACCUUGGCCUCCUGUCCUACCGAAGCUACUGGUCCCAGACCAUCCUGGAGAUCUUGAUGGGGUUGAAGUCAGAGAGCGGGGAGAGGCCACAGAUCACCAUCAAUGAGAUCAGUGAAAUUACCAGCAUCAAGAAGGAGGAUGUCAUAUCCACUCUACAGUACCUCAACCUCAUCAACUACUACAAGGGCCAGUAUAUCCUCACCCUGUCGGAGGACAUCGUGGAUGGGCACGAACGGGCUAUGCUCAAACGGCUUCUUCGGAUCGACUCCAAGUGUCUGCACUUCACUCCCAAGGACUGGAGCAAGAGGGGAAAGUGGUGACCGGACGCUGCCCGGGGAAUGCCGGCAAAGGCAGCAGAACUGAAGCUGGCAGCCAUCUCGCCCCCAGCAGGGUCUCCAAGAGGCACACCAAGGGAGACAGGGCUGAGGACCACUCCAAAAGGAGAGGACGGGCCUGGUCAAGGCUAGCUGGUGCCCAGCACCAAGGCGAGCUCAGGGCUCAUGGCAACUCCACGGUCAGCUGGCUGCAGGCCCAGGCCUGCUGUGAACCAGGGACCAGAGGGAGCCAGGCAGCUGUGUAUAUAGUAAGAUGGGGGGUGGGGUGCCUUGUACAGAGGACUGACGGCUGUACAAAUUUCUUCUGUAAAGUAGGAGCUGGGGUGUGGUGGGUACUGGUUGCAAAAUUAUGGCCUCUUCUGCCCCAUUGCCCCCUGGCAAUAAAUUGUUCCUA